AUGGGUGGCAUUCCGUGGCAGAGCAAGGGUUGUAGGACGUGUCGGAAGCGGAAGAUCAAGUGCGAUCAACAGGAACCUGAGUGCGCACGGUGCCUAAAGACGGGCGUCAAGUGUUUAGGCUACGAUAGGGACCGCUUCUUCGUUCAUCAAGUCACGACUGGAAAGUCCAAACGAUCCACUAAUUCCAACGCUACUGGUGGUGGUGGUCCUGGUGCUUUCUUCAAGGGCGCGGGGAAGCUUCAAGUCGCUAAGCGGCCUCCGUUACGGCCGCAACAGCAGCAGCAUCAGCAGCAGCCAUGGAUUAUACCGCAGGCUGUGGCAUCGGGGCCAGCGAUGCGGAGCCAGGUGUUUUCCGAGUUUGCCAAUAUCUAUUUCCCGCAGAGCAUUGAUACAAGCUACGCGCUGGAUGUGUGGCAUUAUCUGAUCUCCGGGUUUUCCGCGCUGCCGAAGAAGACGGAGAUGCUGGACAAGGCGAUUGCGGCCCUGGCAUGCUUCUACCUCGGCAAGCUGCGAAAGGAUAACCGUCUGUUUAACCAUGGCAUUCAGUUGUAUAAUAGUGCCAUUCGCCAUCUGUCGGCCAUGAUGAGUCAAAAUAGCUAUUGCGACGAUAUCGUGUAUACGACGAUUGUUUUUCAAGAAAUAGAGUCAUGUUACUGCCCCCACGGACUGCAUGUAUGGGUUGCGCAUAUUGCGGGUACCAAUGCAAUCCUCAGGCAUUUCCGUCGAAAAGCAGGCAAGAACCCCUUGAUCGACGCCAUUUAUAAUCAACAUCAAAAAUUACGAAUACUAUUCUCGACCACGGGCACGGGCAUGUCCCCAGAAGAUUAUGACUACCUCACAAAACCCUGCGACGAUCGACCCGUGAACGGCUUAAUGAAAUUCUACGGCGAGGCUUCGCCAAUAGUAGACGCAAUUAACACGGUCGAUGCCUCAGACUAUCAAGCCUGUAACGCAGUCCUUGCCAAGUGUAUCGCACACAAAGACGCCCUGAUGGCAUGGUACGCAGCUCACAAGAAGGAUUUCGGCGGAGGACCGUCGGAAUGCAAGCCAGGCACAAUAUUGAAUCCACGACUUCCUCCGACAGACGAUUUAUUCGGAACUUCCUACCGCUUCUCAUCGCUCGAUAAUGCAAAACUACAUAUUGUGUUCUGGGUCGCGUUGUCCAUCAGCCACCGCAUGAUCUACGAAGCCCGCGGCCUCGUCUUAUCCCACAGUAACACACCCAGCACACCUACCGACCGCACCCAAGACGUGGACUUGUUACUUUCAAUGUUCUACCACGACGAGAUUGGCCGCUCCGUUCCGUACUGUGUACAGGACAGCAUGAAAUCAUGGGGUUUCUCUACGCUACUCUGGGGCCUAAGUCAAAUCCUGAAUCCCUACGCAGAAGCCGGGAAUUGGGAUAAGUUUGUCUGGUGUCAGACUGCGUUGAUGCUUGGUUCUGAGCGGGGAUAUGAGUCUGCAGUCCGGCUAAAUGAGAUAUUUUGGGCUGUGUGGCACCGGGUAAAUCCUCGACAACAGAGAUUCAUGGCGUUGUCGCUGCGGGACUUUGAUCCGCAGUAUGACAAGCAGAAUCUCAAUACCCCGAAACAGCAUUAUAUGAAGCUUAUGGAUGCGACGGUGGAGCCGACGAUGUUGGAUGGGCCGCCGGAGGAGAGUUUAUAG